CUCUCAGUGGACACUUGCUGCUUGCUGGGUAUCUGGUUGGAUAGCCACUUGCUCAGCAUUGAGUGGUUUCUCCGCAAAUUGCAUCAGUGAUUGCUCCUUAGGUACCAGUGGCAGUAGCAACAAACUGGUGAGUGCUGCUACACACUGAAAUCCCGGCGUAGGACGCGAGCUUUCCAGCUGCCCGGCAGCCUCUCCUGCCGCUGUGUGCAGCCCCACUGGGGAGGAAAUCUACGAAAGCACAGCUGUCCGCAAACCCAUGUGUCUGUAUCGUGGUAGGAAUGGUGAAAAAAUGCUCUUAGGAGUCUGCAGUUCUGCCCAUUAUCAUGUGGGUUAUUUUGGCAAACCGAUGUCUGUGAGGUGAAAUUAGCCAGCCUCAGUCUUCUAAUGCUGGGCUGGCCAGUGUCUUUGGUAAAUAGUUUUAGAACCCAUCUGUCCAUUAAAUGGGUUCCUGUGUUUGUUGUUUCCAUCAAAACUCUCAGAAACUAAGCCUAUCAAAUGAUUCACUACUGAAUACAACUUUGAAUUAUUAAGAAAACACCGAGUUUCUAUUUAAGCUUCAAUCAUUCCUUUAAUUUUGACAAAACCUCAAAAUAUUUUUCAGGAAAGUAAUCCGAAGAGCACCAAAAUGGGGUGUGUGUGUGUGUGUGUGUGUGUGUGUUUUAAGAAGGGCAUGGUAUUCUUAAAAGAUCCUUUACCAGUAUGUGAGGGACAAAAUACUCUGUUUAUGUAGCAAUCGAUAUACUAUUCUUUUCCUUCAUCUAUCUUUGUUCUUUUGCUGAUUUAAACUUUUGUCUAAGUGUGAAAUAAAAGCGAGCACUGAAUAAAUGAAAGAUUAAAAACCCCACCUAUGGCUGUGUCUGAAAGAUUAAAAACCCCAUCAGAACUGUGAAUGGCUGACCCUUAGUAAUGACUCUGCCUGGGUGUCUUAUGGGAUGUGACUAUAUAAGUGACCUAGAUUGUAGGAUUCUGUGGGCAUCGACUGUAGUUUUACUUCUUUUACCACCAGUCAUGUCAGAACGCAAGUGUGGAAUAGUCAUGCUGUUAUAGGAAAAGUCCCAUUUGGUCACAAAGCUCAUAUUUGCAAAUGCUGAUACUUUAACUGGUUUUGGUAACCAUUGCCUGGGAAAAACCCCCGAUGUCUUACGUGUGUGUGGGGACACUGAGGCUGAGGCUGAGGCGGGCUUGGCGCUUCACAACACUGAGUGAGGAAGGAAGAAACAGUUGGGUGGAGAAGUGUCUUGCCAACGUUACCGGGGUAGACUAGGGGUUGAAUUGUAGAUUCUAUUUGUUAAUGAAAAAUGUGUCUGUUUUAGUGGUGCCAGGAGCUUGUAGAAAAUCGAUGGUUUUGCUCAGCUGCGACCUUUGUUGACCUCGUGUAGACAUGCACUCUUUAGUCUUGAUUCUUGGUAUUUUCUAUGAUUACUACACUGCAUCCUGCACAUUAUAAUGAAAUAGUAGCGGCUCUGACAGGAUGUCGUUAUUUUUGGAGGGUUUAAAAAUAAGCGAAUCUGAUUCUUUUUCCUUUGUUGGCUGCCCUUAGGUAAUUCUUCCUGCAGGAUGAAUUAAGAGGAGAUCCUUAUUUCUUGGGAAUGGAGAGCAGUUUGUCAGCUACCAAUAUGCCAGAUCCUUCAUCUUCCCCCUUGGAGAAACAUCCAAGCUCGGCUAAUGGUAAUGGAGAUCUUGAUUCAGAGGAAGGCUCAAGCUUGGAGGAAAUUGGCUUUAACUGGGGAGAGUACUUGGAAGAAACUGGUGCCAGUGCGGCUCCUCACACAUCAUUUAAACAUGUUGAAAUCAGCAUUCAGAGCAACUUCCAGCCAGGGAUGAAAUUGGAAGUGGCGAAUAAGAGCAACCCGGACACGUACUGGGUGGCCACCGUCAUCACGACCUGCGGGCAGCUGCUGCUUCUGCGCUACUGUGGGUAUGGGGAGGACCGCCGGGCUGACUUCUGGUGUGACGUGGUGAUAGCCGAUCUGCACCCCGUGGGGUGGUGCACGCAGAACAACAAGGCCCUGAUGCCCCCGGAUGCAAUCAAAGAAAAGUACACAGACUGGACAGAAUUUCUCAUUCGUGAUUUGACUGGAUCCCGGACAGCACCUGCUAACCUCCUGGAAGGUCCUCUGCGAGGGAAAGGCCCUAUAGACCUCAUUACAGUUGAUUCCUUAAUAGAACUUCAGGAUUCUCAGAACCCUUUUCAGUACUGGAUAGUUAGUGUGAUUGAAAAUGUUGGAGGAAGAUUACGCCUUCGCUAUGUGGGAUUGGAGGACACUGAAUCCUAUGACCAGUGGUUGUUUUACUUGGAUUACAGACUUCGACCAGUUGGUUGGUGUCAAGAGAAUAAAUACAGAAUGGACCCACCUUCAGAAAUCUAUCCUUUGAAGAUGGCCUCUGAAUGGAAAUAUGCUCUGGAAAAAUCCCUUAUUGAUGCUGCAAAGUUUCCUCUUCCAAUGGAAGUAUUUAAGGAUCAUGCAGAUUUGCGAAGCCAUUUCUUCACAGUUGGGAUGAAGCUAGAAACAGUGAAUAUGAGUGAGCCCUUUCAUAUCUGUCCUGCAUCAGUGACCAAGGUUUUUAACAAUCAUUUUUUUCAAGUGACUAUUGACGACCUAAGACCAGAACCUUGUAAACUCUCAAUGCUGUGCCAUGCGGAUUCUUUGGGGAUUUUACCAGUACAGUGGUGCCUUAAAAAUGGAGUCAAUCUCACACCUCCCAAAGGUUACUCCGGCCAGGACUUUGACUGGGCAGAUUAUCACAAGCAGCAUGGAACAGAGGAAGCACCUCCUUUCUGCUUCAAAAAUAUGUCAUUCAGUCGGGGUUUCACGAAGAACAUGAAGCUUGAAGCCGUAAACCCCAGGAAUCCAGGAGAGCUCUGUGUGGCCUCUGUCGUGAGGGUGAAGGGGAGAUUGAUGUGGCUUCACCUGGAAGGUCUGCAGACUCCUGCUCCAGAGUUUAUUGUUGACGUUGAAUCCAUGGACAUCUUCCCAGUGGGCUGGUGUGAAGCGAAUUCUUACCCUUUGACUACACCACACAAAACAGUCUCACAAAAGAAGAGAAAGAUUGCAGUUGUGCAACCAGAAAAACAAUUGACAUCCACAGUGCCUGUUGAGAAAAUACCUCAUGACCUUUGUUUAUUCCCUCACCUAGAAACCACAGGCACUGUCAACGGGAAGUAUUGCUGUCCGCAGCUCUUCAUCAAUCACAGGUGUUUCUCGGGCCCGUACCUCAACAAGGGGAGGAUCGCAGAGCUGCCUCAGUCGGUGGGGCCGGGCAAAUGCGUGCUGGUUCUUAAAGAGGUUCUUAGCAUGAUAAUCAAUGCAGCUUACAAGCCUGGGAGGGUAUUGAGGGAAUUACAACUGGUGGAAGAUCCACACUGGAAUUUUCAGGAGGAGACACUGAAGGCAAAGUACAGGGGCAAAACAUACAGGGCCGUGGCCAAGAUUGUACGAACUUCUGACCAGGUAGCGGACUUCUGCAGACGGGUGUGUGCCAAGCUGGAGUGCUGUCCAAAUUUGUUCAGUCCUGUACUGGUUUCUGAAAACUGCCCAGAAAAUUGCUCCAUUCAUACCAAAACCAAAUACACCUAUUAUUAUGGAAAGAGAAAGAAGAUCAUUAAGCCCCCAAUUGGGGAAAGCAACGUUGACAGUGGACACCCUAAACCAGCUAGGCGUAGGAAACGGCGGAAAUCCAUUUUUGUGCAGAAGAAACGGAGGUCUUCCACCGUGGACUUCGCGGCAGGCUCGGGGGAGGAAAGUGAAGAAGAAGAUGCAGAUGCCCUGGACGAUGACACCGGGAGCGAGGAAACCGGCUCUGAGCUGCGGGACGAUCAGACAGACACCUCUUCAGCCGAGGUCCCCUCUGCCAGGCCCCGGAGGGCCGUCACCCUAAGGAACAAUUCCGAGCCUGAGCGCCGGCUGCCUGUGGAAAGGACGAGACGGGGCCGAAGAGUGCAGGCCGCCGCCGGCGCUGAGGGCUGUGACAAGGGCCCUGCAGCCGGCCAGGACAAGGACAUGGCUGAGGAAAUAAAGCAGGAGGAGGAGGAGAGGCUCAUUCUGGAGAGCAACCCGUUGGAGUGGACGGUGACUGACGUGGUGAGGUUCAUUAAACUGACGGACUGCGCCCCCUUGGCCAAAAUAUUUCAGGAACAGGACAUCGACGGCCAAGCACUCCUGCUGCUGACUCUUCCUACAGUGCAGGAGUGCAUGGAGCUGAAGCUGGGGCCUGCCAUCAAGUUGUGCCAUCAGAUCGAGAGAGUUAAAGUGGCUUUCUAUGCCCAGUAUGCCAACUGACUCUGCGUUCUGGGGAGAUGGCCCAUUGUCUUGGUGAUACAGUGUCUUGGGAAGGUUUUCAGGACUGGAACUUGUAUUUUUGCAGAUACGUGAGAUGGCUCACACAGUCACCGGAAAGCAAGAAGCACGAAGGACGGCCUUUAUCCACCAGCCUGUUCAUAGUUCCAUGUGUCUAAAGCACACACUGGGACCACAUCAGUGGCCUCUAGAGAGUAUAAAUUAAAGUUCUGUGUCCAAGCCUGUGGGAUAUGAAGAACUCCUUUAUAUAUCCACAUCUCGCCUUUCUCCCACCCAAACCAGGCAGCUUCCUUUGAACAAGGUCCUAAACCAAGACCCACGUUUCUGUGAAAACACCUUAGGACGCAGUUGGUGUCUUUCUUCUUCAGUGUGGCCAAGGAGGUUGCCUGGCUGGUGGUUUUUGCUCUACUCAUCCUCAGGCACAUUUAUAGAUGCUUCUUUCAUACCAGUACACGUGUGGCUGUGGCUGCUAUCUGUGGCUGCGUGGCUGUCACCGCAGUUUGAUCUUGGUGACAAUUCAUUUCUUAAACACAACUGUAGGUGAUGUUUCAGGAUAUAGGUAUAAAAAGAUGUGCUAAACCUGCAUCGCCUGUCAGAGGUGCCUUUUAGGAAGUUUGGGGAGUGAAGGAAGGUGGCCUGUCAUUGCUAUGAGAGUUUUCCUUGAGUGAACCUAGAAUGGAUUUCUAUUUUCAGGUUCCUUUAUGGAAUCUCAAACAUCUCUAAUGUUCUGAUUUAAUUGUGACCACACCAGGGAGGGACUCCUUUAGUCUCUUAGGAAAUUUUGAGUUGAAUAAUGAAGGAAAAGCUUACUUUUAGAGAGCAGGAGUGGGAAGAGAAUUGAGGGAAGCUUUUUAUACAUCAGCUACAUCCUCUUAGAAGAAUCCCUUUGAAUGCUGCUCUCUGUGGUUCAGCCCUGGCACUCGUUUAUAACAGGCUGACGGAUGCAGUGGGGUGAGCACUGGACCUGGAGUCAGCCCUGGUCUUUACCUGGCGUGGCCGAUUACUAACGAUGAUCAUAUGUGAUUCUGAGUCACUCUGCACCUCAUUCCUGCAAAGUAACAGGUUGGGACACUCGACUGGAGCAGUGAGCACAGGUUCCCCAAUCUCCUUCCUGCUCCUGCUAAAGGGAAGAGUCCAGAUUGGCAGAAGUGAGAAAAAGAGUAAAUGAGAAAAAUGGGAGUGUCCCAUAGCUUUUAACGCUGUAAUUCCUGCAGCUCACUCUGGCUUUGAGGCUCUUAUGACAUUUCUUGGGCAGUUUUCACUAAAUCAGUGAAGAAAGAUCUGCGGUUCUGAGAAUUGGCUGUUUUGUUUUUUUGUACCAAACACUUGAUGUGUUAAUGCCCCUGAGUGAACCAAUAUAUGUAUUCAAACCCAAAUGACUUUUCUGUUCUGUUACGGUAGUUGCCCAAAUACCUUUUAAACGUAUGUGAAGAAACCAAACCUUCAGCUUGUUCAGGAGUGAGCGGGAAAAGCAGAGGCUGCACACCCUUCUGUCACUCUUUUACUAUAACUACCUUGAUCUUUUGGCUUCGAUCAGAGUCUCAACAAUUCCAGUAAUACCAUGGUGGGGGGAGGGCUUAUUGGCUGCUCAGACUUCUGCUGCAUUUGAAGGUGGGAUUGUCAGAUUUGGAUAAAUUUGAUUACUGACGCUAACCUGUACUAACAUUCUGUCACUGUUCCAGAUGAACACGGAAAACAAACAUUUUGCUCUUGAGACAUUUUCGUCUCUCUAUAGCUGAUUUCUACAGUCCAGUUUUAAACAUUUGGCAAGUGCGUUUGCCUAGGGACCACUGACAGAAGGACCUCUGUCCUAAGCUGUGCUAGUGGCACCAUUGUAGGGAUGGAUUAUCCGAGGUGAUUCAUGCCUGGCUUGCAGUCCAUUCUCUCUUCUAAGCGAAAGUUCUGACCCUUCUCGGUUUCCCAACCCUGCCUUCUCAGCCACAUGCUUUGGCCUUAAAUGCUCAGUCUUGUGGAGUUAAGCUCUGUUCAGAAAUUGGAAAGGGUAUCCGUUUCAAGAUCCUGGCUUUCUUCCUGUGCUGACUCAUUUAUGAUCUUUCACUGUGGCCUUUUCAAGCUCAGCUCUUUCUGGUGCAUGUGGAACGGAAGGAAGGAACGUGGCGCCAGCAACAUCAUAAUGCACUUGCAGAACAAAUGUCACCUCCUCGUGCCCUUUCCAAGAAUGGCACAGAGGAGGAGGUGCUACGCUGAAGUAGAUCUUCUGUGGGAGUCUCUGGAGUUGCCCAGAGGAGAUGGAAGGUUCCUGCCACCAGCCUGGACAAGACCUGCCCACCAUUGCUGGGACGCAUCCUGCUCCCCUCAGGGCCAGAUGCCCAAGGCUGUCCGUGUCCUCAGUCUCUCUUUGUGCUUCUGCUUUGUGUGUGUGAGGAGGCCAUGCUGCAGGCAGAAGGCCAGCCUGGGUGAUCACCAUGAGGGUCGUCUCGUGCCAUCUCCCGGCCCUUCUAAGAGCCAGGAUACAUUUUAGGACCAAGAAGAUACUUUUGCUCCAAGUGUUGCCAACAUCCUCCUGAACUUGGGUUCUUUGGGAAUUUCCGUGAUGGUGGGUAGAACUUCCUGCCGGUAGCAACUGGUCUGCAGAACUGUAAGGUGGUGUUCAUUUCUCUGUACGAGUCACCUCUCACCAGCUUCAGUCUUAGAAAUAGGACCAACUCCCAGGAACAUUUUACUGUGUAGUUACUGUGUCUCUUAGGGCAGAAAAUACUGAUUGUACACCUGUAACCAACCCCUCUCCAAAUACCACCACAGCCCCUAAACCAAACGUUCCUUGGUUGAAGCCCUCCAAGUGAUGCCCCUCCCUUCCCCUCUCUUCUGUCUCUCAGAUAAUACUUAGGGACCAAAAUCCUGUCCUCUGUGUACCUGGAUCCUGCACACACCACGCCACUCAUUACCUCUUGGAACAGCCGAGAAGCGCGUUUUCCCUCCUGGCCAAGCAGACACUGACAAUCUGGAUGUGGGUAUAACCUGAGAAGAGCUGCCACCUCAUCUUUAAUGAUAAAAGCCCAUCACUCGAGAACGAUUGGAGCUGGUUUUAGCCCCUAACUUCUCGACUUCAUUUGUACUGUUGGGAAAAUACUCUCCACAAAAAUAUAAGCGUGAAAACCUCAAAAGAGCAGGGUACGCAUAACAGAACUUCUGGGCUUUUCAAAAUAAAAAUGAAACAGGCAAAGACCAGUUGCCUUCACCAUGGAGUUGUGUAGCAGGGAGAACUCAUCUAUUCCUUUUAAAAUUAGGUUCAUUUGAUCAAAGUUUGACUCACGCACGGUGUUUGAGUUGUUACGGCCUUUAGGUUGCUUUACCUUAUUUGAUCAUAUUUGAAAGAUGAUUUCCUGUGUUUGCUUUGAUUUGCUCCUCGAUAAGUUAAAAUGACUCGAAUGUCCAACGCUGCCACCUCUGACCCUUACUGCAAUCUCCAGAAGGUUGAUUUUGAUCAGCCUUUGAAGACUGGUCUCAGUUUCCUAAUUUGUCUCAUAGAAUUUUGAGUGUGGCAUCAGGCAAGUUCUGAGAUUUUCCUUUUAUCUUAUACCAAACACCCCUUUCUAAGAGCUUUUCUCCCUUUGAUUUGGAAGCACUAGGGGUUUUCACACUUCUUUUGUAAAGCACCCAUUUAUAUUUAUUUCUGUAUAUAGAGCUAUAAAAACAGUCGUGUUAAAAUCUUUGUUGUGGUAUGAACAUCGUUGUUGCUCUUUGGUUAACAUGGUAAACCUAGGCUCCAAGUACGCUCUUCUGUCUUUAGAAAGCUGUGAUCGUGUGUGCAAUGAUUUGAAGGGAAAAGUAGUAAAUUAAGGUAUGUGUCAUUUUUAAGGAUGAACUCGUUGGAGAGAGAUGCAUACUACCCAUGUCCCUUUGGUGCAAUAACUAAAUAGCAACCGUUACAAUUUAAUGCUUCUCUUACUUACUCACUGUCUUUUCCCAUUCAAGGGAUUUCUAGAAAUUGCUUUACUCCCUUUAACUGGGUUGAUUUUUAAAGUUGAUUGAUUCUCGUAGCUUUUAUCGCUGGAGUUGGUUUACAAGGAUCUAAAACAUGAUGUGAUAAAAUCGAACUGGGCUCUUUUCUCCCACUUCAUUUACCUAAAAACUGCAAUUGCUGACACCUGGUGCUGCCUUGGGCUUUGGUUAAAAGCACGUCUAGUUUAGAUGGUGAUUAAUAACAGUGUCCUGAGCAGCAGACUCUUCCCUCUUACUGCUUUUGUUGGAAAUGGCCAGGAUUGGGUACCAGUGAGUACGUAGAUCUUGUCACAUGUCCAAGCAGAGUGGUGCUUCAUAUGGGCUGAAGAGCUGCAUUGAAGAAAAUGAAAAGUUCAGGACAAGCUGAAAAUUACCUUAAGAUGGGAAAUUGGAGACAAAAAUUCUUAAUGACAGAAAAAGUAAUCAUCUCAUCUGUCGUUCACAGUGGGAGCUAGCAUGGUAUCUGGAAGUGUGAACUGUCCCUAGUCGUGAAUGUCAAAAGCCCUGUUACUAUUUCACAUUCCAGUUUGAUUAGUUUGUGUUGAAAUUUGAUUCAUAUAUCUUGCGUACGUUUUGGUGUGUAAAAGGGAAAAUUGGGGGUUUUUACAUUUGAGACUUGCAGGACAAAGGGCAUGUUGUUGUUUUAUUGUAAGACUGUAUUCUGUAUAUAUGUUUUCAUGUAAAUAAGUGAAAAUCUA